GAGGAUGAAAAGUUAAGGCUGAUUUAUGGUUCCGCGUUACACCAACGCAGACCCUACGCCGUACCCUACGGCGUAGGAUCGGCGUCGUUUUAACGCGGAACCAUAAUUCAGGCUUUCCAGCGCGCUCAUAGCAGACAGAAGCGACUGUACGGAGGGGUGCGGGGAGGACACUGGUUGGUGUGCGGAGACACAGCUGCGGGGAGGACGGCUUGUUCAACCUCUCGGCCGGACCGAGGCUUUGGUGACAAGUCCCGAGCUGCUGCAGCGGCGGAGUCCCUGAAGGCACCAUGCGGAGCUGGCUGGCGAACGAAGCAGGGAAGCACUUGGUGAUGGUGGAUGCUGUGGCUGGCGGCCAACACCUGGCUGUUCCUGAACACCUUCCUGCUGUACUCCACCGGCCAGCAGUACCACUACCUCUACAACAUGCUGGGGGUUGGGCUGUGUAUCAGCAGGGCAUCUGCAUCCGUGCUGAACCUGAACUGCAGCUUGGUGCUGUUGCCUAUGUGUCGCUGCCUGCUCACCUUCCUACGGGGAACACACAGAGUAUCAACCAAAAGGACACGCAGGCUUCUGGACAAGAGCAAGACCUUUCAUGUCGCAUGUGGCGUCGCUAUCUGCAUCUUCUCUGUUGUGCACGUUUCAGCCCACCUGGUGAAUGUUGUCAACUUCAGCGUGAGUUACUCAGAAGACUUUCCUGCUCUGAAUUUGGCACGGUACAGAGGAGAGGACCCCAAGGUGAUCAUUUUGACCACAAUCCCAGGAGUCACCGGUGUCCUGUUGGUACUCAUCCUCCUCCUGAUGUUUUUGUCAUCGUCGUACUGCAUUCGUGUGUCAAACUACGAGAUCUUCUGGUACACACACAACCUCUUCAUUGUUUUUUACAUCAUCCUGAUGGUCCACAUGGUUGGUGGAGCACUAAAGUAUCAGACCAACAUCGGGGCCCACCCCCCCGGCUGCCUCAGAGCGAACCAGAGCAGCACGGAGCAGCAGGGUGAGGAUCUAGACCAGACUGAAGAUGAGGAGAGCAGAUGCAGAGAGGAUGCUCACUUCCAGCCACAUUCCCCCCAGACCUGGCUCUGGGUGUCCGGUCCUCUCUGUCUCUACUGUGUGGAGCGUGUAUACCGCUACAUAAGGAGCAGUGACCCUGUUACCAUAGUGACAGUCAUCAGGCACCCUUGUAAUGUCAUUGAGUUACGUAUGCUGAAGAAGGACUUCAGAGCUCGACCUGGACAGUACGUUGUUCUUAACUGUCCAGGUGUGUCUUCGUUUGAGAAUCAUCCCUUCACACUGACAGAGUGCCCCACAGCGAACAAGGCAACCUUUGGCAUCCAUUUGAGAAUUGUGGGAGAUUGGACUGAGCGCUUCACACAGCUGCUACUUCCUUCUCCAAGGAAACACUUAGAAGUCCUCCCCAUGGUCCAGCAGAGGAGAUAUCCUAAGCUUUAUAUUGAUGGUCCAUUUGGAAGUCCGUCAGAGGAAGUCUUCAACUAUGAUGUCAGUCUGUGCGUUGCUGGAGGAAUAGGAGUCACGCCGUUUGCCUGUGUGCUGCGUGCUCUGCUUGAUGACUGGAGGGGUUUCAGGUUGCAGAGGCUGUACUUUGUGUGGGUCUGCAGGGAGCUCCAGUCUUUCUACUGGUUUGCAGAUCUUCUGUGUGCCCUGCAUCAAAAGCUUUGGCAGGAGAACAGACCCGACUACUUUAAUCUGAAGUUAUACAUCAGUCAGCCAGACAGCCUGCAGAGCAUGUGUGAGGAACAGUACGGCCCACUCACAUCGAGGCUGGUGGUUGGUCGGCCCAGGUGGAAGUUGCUUUUUGAUGAGAUAGGAAAGAGCAAUGAACAGAAGCGAGUUGGGGUUUUCUGCUGUGGACCAAAGGGAAUCUCUAGGACUCUCCAUAGGUUAUGCAAUUCAGCACGGUCCUGUGGCACGAUCUUUGAAUUUAACAAGGAGUCAUUCAGCUGAUUGAAUGACAGAGCUAUUUACUUUGGUUGGGUGGAUCUCAUUCAUUUAAAAAGUUUAUUUGACUGAAAUACAUUUCUGAAUGUAUGUUGUCAAUCUCAAUAUGUGAACUUUGUACACAUCUGUGAUUCAGCAGGUUAACUGUCUGAGUCACUUUAAAUGAACAAAACUGUCCACAAAGCUUCAAUACUCACCAACUGUGUGUGUAUUCAAUAUGCUUUCUGCUCCUUGGUCUUAAAAGGCCCAGCAACGCUAAACUUAAUUCGUUCCCUGAGAGCCGUUGCUCUCUACAGCACAGAUCAACCUAACCUACAACUUAGGGCUUUAGUUGUUUCAGCAUGGACAUGUGAUCCAUUCAACAAGUGACAAAACCAGCUCUCUGGUUUUCUCUCAAGCUGCUGGUUUCCCAUGACACAUCCCUCUGUGGAAGACAUUUGUUUCCUUGUGCAGUGAGACAAAUGUCUGCAAUUCUCUCAACAGAACACUACAAGAGUUCAUCUUUUCAGGCCUUUUAUAUCACUCAGGGCAGAGACAACAAAGAAGCAGUGUUUAAAGGAAUAAUAAUGGCCCCUGAGGUCUUAAUAAAACAUCUUUGACUCGGUUGGCAAAAAUACCAGAGAUGCAGCGCAACAGCUCUGUUUUCAGCCAUGUGUUUUCAGCUCCGUUCAUAGCAGCUGGAUUAAGAUGGCGAUGUUAAAAUCUUAAAAAUUGGUGUUUUAGCUUUGCACAACUCAUUUCAGAAUAUGUAACAUAUAUGCACCAUAUAUAUGUUGUAAUAGACCCCAAAUAAAUAAAAAAGAAUUGAAAUACUAAGACACAGGUGGGAAAAUCAAGGGGUAACAACCAGGUGCCAGUUUAGUGUCAGUCAAAUCUUAAAUAUCAUUUAACCUUCACUUGAAUUUUGACUCACCAAAAAGCUAUCUUGAUGUAAUGUCAUUAUUUUGACAUACAGCCAAAACACAACCCAGUGCCAAAAAUACAUUAAAUAAAUGUGCUCUUUGUUAUUAUAAAGGGCAUUGAAAGUGCUGUUUUACUGUUACGAGACAUUUUUUUGCUAGCAUUCGUAAAUUACAAUGAUGUCUUAUUCUCUAAAUGCAGUUUCAACUCCAGUUCACCUGUAAGUUUAGCUCUUCAUGGAUCAGUUGGUGUUGGAUUAUGUCCUACACACAGGUUUUUAGACAGCCUGAAGGAAAGCUUCACAUAAACUCCUACUUAUUUGACAUAGCUGAGAGACAGAGUCAAACAUUUGACUCCUCCAUGAGAACUUUACAUGUUGGAACCCGAGGCGAUUUCCUUUUAAAAGAGUGAAGGAGCAGAGCAAAGACAGGUCAAAAAAUGCUGUCUUUCUGUCUUUAUUGCUUAUCUGUGUACCAAAGUUCUGCAACAUACAAAGAAAAGCAGCAUUUGUUGGCCUUUACCCCCAUUUCAUUGAUGAUUAUUAUACAUCUUAGAAAGUAAAAGUCAAACCUCUGAAGCUUCGCAAUUCAUUCACCAAGUAAGUGUCCAUAUUUGAACAUGUAUUCACAGAUUAACUCAUGAAAAACAGUGAUAAAAGUCCAAGUUAUAGCAUGUGAUUUUGUUUUCUUGGCACCAGGUCUUUGAAAAGAAUCCCAACAUUUAUGCUUUUCCAAAUGCAACAGCCUGAUUAUAUCCUAUUGUAACUAUACUUUAGAGUAUUCAAAAAAAUGCGUGUAAAUGUGAAAUUGUAUGUUUACCUUCAGAAUGAUCUUUUUUGAAGUAAAGUAUGGAAUAAAAGAUUUUUUAUUUAUUAUAUCCUGAUUAAAUGUGUUAUUUGAACUCAUAA